GGGAAUUAAGUGGAUCAGGUAGAAUGCUGUGGGAAUUGAAGGGGAGUUUAAAAGGAUCAAGCCAUCUGUCAACGUGUAUUCCUUUAAUGCAAUGACAUGAAAUAAAAUGCCAUAGAGGUUUCAUUUUCAUACCACAGCAAAAGACAAGGAGUUCUAAACGGAUAAGGAGUUCAAAGAAUUGCAAAUUGUGAAUAAUUCCAGCCUUUUGGAGGAUUUUGCUGCAUUCAUUUCAUCGGGUAUCUCAGCAAGCAAUCUUUUGCAAUCGUAUCUCUUUCCUUCUUAAUCACACUAUAUCUCUCUUAAUCCUCACGCUAGUUAUCCGUCUUAAUCGCCCAAAUCCCGUCGAAUCUCCACGAAUCCUUCUAUUCUCCAUUAGGACUGAACCGAGAUAUACAUAUACACGGGGACUGAAACGUUCUUCACAAAUUGAACAGUGAGGACUAAAACGUGGGACUGAAAUGAACGGCUCCGAUAUUUUUUCAUUUCGUUCUCAAAUUAGAAUUGUAGUCAGAUUCGAUGAACGGUGUGGUUUUUAAUUCUUUUAUUCCAGAGAUUUAAUUAUUUUAUUUGUAAUUAUGACAAAACUUUAUGGAAAUCCUGAUAAUUUUCGUGUCAAGAAAGUUCUAGUUGCCGCAAAAUUAGCCAAUAAAGAAAUCAAAACGACUAAUGAAGCUCCUCCGUCUGAAUUAUUUCCACUUGAACUUGUUCCAGCACUCGAAGAUGGGGAUGUUCAUUUAUUUGGUGCUGUAGCUAUUUCAAAAUAUAUUUUAGGAAAUAAUUCUCAAUAUUUCCCGAAGGAUCCAUUACUUGAGCAAUGGCUUUUUUGGGGUGAUAAUUAUCUCCUUUCAAAUGUUCUUUCCUAUGUUCUUCCGAGCAUUUCUGCAGCGAAGAUUGAUCAGGAAAUUGUGGAAAAGGCACGUACCGAGCUUCUCGAUCAAUUGACACGUUUGGAUUCCAUCAUUCUCCAUAAAACAUUUUUGGUAGGGGAACGGAUUUCUUUUGCAGAUAUUUCUUUGGCUGCCAAUUUGCUUCCUGCUUACCAAUAUGUUUUAGGCGAAGAAGAGCGAAAGAAAAUUUGUAAUGUAACUCGUUGGUUUCAAACUGUUAUAAAUCAUCCUGGAGUGAAUGAAGUCAUUGGGGAAUUAAAAUUUAUUACCAAACCGGCAAAAUUUAAUGAUAAAGAAUUCGAAAAAAUUGCUGGGAUGCUAUCACGACCUGUUGCUGAAGAAAAAACUCCAAAGGAUAAAGGAAAGAAGGACAAAGGACAGAAGCAAAAAGAGCAAACUCCAAAACAAGAAAAACAACAACCAAAGAAGGAGAAAAAGGAUGAAGAAAUGGAUCCUACGGAAGAAGCAAUCUCUGCUCAACCAAAGUUUGUUGAUCCUUUGGCUGCUCUCCCAAAAGGCAACUUUUCAAUGGAUGGCUUCAAGCGUGUUUAUUCAAACGAAGAUACAGCUACAAAAGCAAUCCCCUACUUUUGGGAAAAUUUCGAGCCCGAAAACUAUAGUAUUUGGUACGCGGAAUAUAAAUUUCCCCAAGAACUUCGACUUGUAUUUAUGUCUGCAAAUUUAAUCGGAGGGAUGUAUCAGCGCCUUGAAAAAAUGAAGAAAACUUCAUUCGCGUCUGUUUGCCUUUUUGGAACUGACAACAAUUCUACCAUCUCUGGAAUUUGGGUAUGGCCAGGGCAACAACUUGCCUUUGAGCUAUGCCCGGAUUGGCAAGUGGACUAUGAGAGCUACGAGUGGAAAAAGCUCGAUCCAAAUGACGAGUCAACUAAGAAAAUGGUGAAUGAAUAUCUAUUGUGGGAGGGGGACUUUGGCGGUAAGAAGUUUAACCAAGGGAAGAUUUUCAAAUGA